AUGUCAAUGGUACAACAUCAAACGAAACCGGCCACCCCAAAUUUUCUAAACGUACAUUCUCCCUCGUCGCGGAAUGUAACUCACGUUUCCAACGUAACCUCACCAUCAUAUCAAGAAAAUAAUGAUCAUACAACAAGUGAUUAUAAUUCUACCAUUCCCGUGUUGAACAGAAGAGUGGACUUAAGUUCCAUGAUUGAAAGCUUUACGUCAUACUUAGGAAGAGACAAUUGGACUAAAUAUGCCCGAAUAUUGAGCUUAUUUAUUUUAGGGAAGCUCUCGAGGAAGGAAAUGACAAAUGAAUUGGACAUCAUCUUUAAUAUCCCACAUAGUAAUAGGGCAUCAUUAAUACGACUUCAUAACCAAUUGUUGUUGGGUAUAUUGACCAAUUCAUUGAAGGAUUCUCCCUUGAGUAAGAAAGGUUCUACUUGGGGGUUCCAAAAUGAUAGUUCCGGGAUAAAUUCAUCCUCUUCCAAAUUAAGAAGGGUCAAUAAACAUAAUUCUCAAAUUGAAUUGUAUAAAAAAAUUGUCAUGUCGUUGCCAAUAACUGACAGAAACAGACUUAAAGCUAUAACGAGAGAAGCGGGAAAGAAGGGAUUUGUUUACUGUUCUGUAUUGCAAACUCGUUUGAAAAAUAUACCUAAGAUUCCAAUUGUUACGAAUCCAGAUACUUUGAAGAGAGUUAAGACAAACAAUUUGAAGACACCAUUAGAAUGGUCACAAGAUAUUAUGAAUGGGUUCAAUACUCCGUUGGCUACAGAUAAUUAUUCUUUACCUGAUGCAGAUUCUCUUUAUUUGAGGAUGGUUAGCAUUGCUCGGGAGCACGGAUUAGUAGGAAAUGUGGAUGCAAGAGGUAUUGAAUUACUUUCUAUGGCUUUAGAUCAUUAUUUGAAAAACAUCAUUGAAUUCACCAUUGACACAGUUAGAUACAGAAGGAAAAAAUACUCUGAAUACUAUGAUUUAAAUGAUGCUGGUAUCUAUAGACCAGUGGCUCAAGCAGCACCUGAUUCGGUUAUUGAAGAAAUUGAUAAUAUGCCGAAUGCUCUAAUAUCGUUAACUGGAGAGGAUUUAUAUAAUACAAUAUCAAUUUUCCCUAAUUUGGUGAAACCCACUUCAGGAGCAUAUCAUGAUAUUACAACUCUAGGGUUGAUUAAUGAUGAUGAUCUGGUAAUAAAUAAAAGCGGGAUAGAUGAUUUAUCUGAAUUUCUAAACGAAAAGCCUCUUUUCACUCCAUUAGAUGAAAAAAAUAUUGGUACGAGAGAUGAAUUAAAUUGGUUAAUAAAGGAUAUUCUAACUAAAGAGUAA